AUGAAGUUUGUCAUUGAUUCGAGUCUCAGGAAGCGCUUCGGCUUCGUCGCCGUCGCCGUCAUUCGCGUACGACUGUCUGAAGGAGCCAGGGCGGAUGUCACCAAGCUGGAAUUCCUCAAGGCACGUGCUCUGGAGAAGCUGCUCGACCUGGUAUCCUCUGGAACACCAGCGGAGCUGGAGCAAAUCGAGUCGGUCGCACAGUGGAUGCAAGCAUACAAGACUAUGGGCUUGAAGUCCAAGAAGAUCAAGCCGACGCACUAUGCGCUUGCACUGCGCCUCGUCAAGGACAAGGUGUGGCCACGGGCCAUUGGACCAAUUGUGGACACGUACCUCAGCAACCAGAUAGUCCAUCUCAUGCCCCACGGUGGCUUUGACGUUGCCUCGCUCUCUGGUGGCACAAUCCGGCUGCUACAAUCGCCUGGACAGCAGGCCUUUCAGCCCCUGGGCGUAGCCGCAGAUGAGGACGAACGCAUCGAGACAAUCAAGCUCGGCGAGGUUGUCUAUCAGGACGAGUCUGGAAUCAAACCCCCAGUCGUCGUCUGUCGCUACUGGAACCACCGCGAUGCAGAGCCAACCAAGAUCGGCGACGACCAUGACGAUGAGACUCGCUCGACAAAGGACUUUGUCCUGUUUGUUGAAAGCAUCGACGGCAGCGAAACGGGGCAACAAAAGCUGCUGCAAACCGCUGCCGACCUCGAGCGCGCCUAUGGUGCAGUCUAUGGCUCGGGUGUGAAACAGUCGUACGUGCGCCUGCUUGAAGCCUCCUUGGUAGACGACGCAGAAAUAAGUCUGGAUUGGUGAAUGCAGCAAUAAAUGGACAGCGUCGAGAGCUUCGGUCAACGUCCGCCGUUGCCUGUUUGAAAAGCCUCACCGGGACAA